GGUUUCAACCCUUAAAAACACUAAUAAUGACAAUAACAAUAAACGCGAGGGACACGCCCCCCCGCGGCGGCGCUUCGGCAUCGUCUACGGUCGUCUACGACGUCCAGUCCCUACGAGCCCUCGCGUACGCGCGCACACUGCGGACAUAAUAUUAUAAGGUAUCGCUGCCGCCUCGACAUGACCGAAACCGGAGUGGCCGUCCGCAGGCCGCUGUCGCCCAGAAAGUUUUUCGCCAUGUUGUACGAGACGGACGCCACCGCCGCCGCCGCCGAAAACGUCCGUCGCCCUCUUCACGGCCGCGCCGCCGACGUCCCGCUACAGCAGUGGUACGGCCUAAGGCGGCCGCGGCCAUCCGUCCCGGCGCAGCUCGCGGCCGCGGCCACCUCGGGCACGUCUCUUCAGCAGCACACCGUCGUGGUCGUCCGGCCCACCGCCGCGUACGUCGAACACACGUUCGCCGCCGGCUUGACCGCUUUCCUCGAAAGGAGGCGACGGAAAGAAGGCAGGGCACCCCGGCGGCAGAGAACCACGUUCAGUCCGGAACAGACUCUGAGCCUGGAAAUGGAGUACAGGAACAACGAGUACGUGUCCCGGAACAGGAGAUCGGAAUUGGCCAACGCAUUAGAUUUAUCUGAAACGCAGGUGAAGAUUUGGUUUCAAAAUCGCAGGGCCAAAGACAAGAGGCUGGAAAAGACACAUUACGACCAGCAAAUCAGGCAGAUGUUCCAGCAAAACGGAUUCAUUUUGCCAAAGAUUUAACGGCGGGUUAAGCGUGGCCAACAAUAACGAUAUAAUAAAAUAAACCUACCUAGGAAUAAUUGUCACCAUAUUGCUGUUAUACCGUGCUGUACAUAUAUGAUAUAUAUAAAUAUAUUAUAUUGUAUCUGGCCGACGAAGAUGGCGCCAAAAUCUCGCAAGAUGAAAAGUGCGGAAUCCGUGAAAUAAGACAGACGUAUUACGUAUAUUAUUAUUAUUAUUAUUAUUAUUAUUAUAUUAUAUAUUAUGCCGACAUUGUUGUCAUCUAUCUAUUUGAUCGCGCGAAAAGCAACGAAUUUCUCAAAUGUCUAAUAUUAUUAUUAUUAUUAUUAUUAUUAUUAUUGUUAACGAGAGAUCUCUCCUCUCGCCGUUUAUGACUAUUUUAUUUAUUAUAUUGUAAUAAUAUUAUGUAGGUACGAAGAGUGAAAAUAUUACGUACGUUUAGGGUUCUACUAGGUAUUCGAAACUAUAUUAUAUUUCGUAAACAAGCAGGACGUUGUAAACGAACGAUUUAAAUGCUUGUCGUUUUGAACGCGAUAGCAGUACGCAUACCUAUAUAAUAAUAAUAUAUACAGGAUGUUGUUCACGCCUAUAAACUAUGUAAUUAUAUUAUAUUACUUUUUCUAUUAAAACAUAAUUGAUGUGCAUAUAAA